AAUAAUCCAAAUAAAAUGGAAAGUUUAGGCAAAGCUUUAAUCAAUUUUAAAAUAUUCCGGUUGGAGAAAGCAUUUUCUCGAGUAUUUUAUCAAAACCGUGGUGUUUCUGAUACAUCUUUAAAUGAUUCCCCAUUAAAUGAGUCCCCUUUGAAUACUACACGUACAUCGGGAGGGAAUACUUCAAUAAAAGAAGUUUUGCGAAGUAAAAUUCCUGUAGAACAAGGGAAGGUAAAAGAGUUUAGAAAAAAAUAUGGUAAACUCAAAGUUGGUGCUGUAACUGUCAAUAUGAUGUAUGGUGGUAUGAGAGGCGUUCCUGGAUUAAUUUGUGAAACGUCCAUAUUAGACCCUGAAAUUGGAAUUAGAUUUCGUGGUUAUUCCAUUCCAGAUAUUCAAAAACUUCUCCCUAAAGCCAAAGAAGGUGGCGAACCAAUGCCUGAAGGCAUUUUGUGGUUAUUACUCACUGGAGAUAUCCCCUCAUCAGACCAAGUGACUGCUUUAUCUCAAGAUAUAGCUGAACGUAUGAAAAUUUCACCAAUGGUUGAAACAAUGUUAAACAAUUUACCCGAUACGGUACAUCCAAUGACACAACUUUCUGCUGCUAUCACUAUUAUGAAUCAAGAUAGUCAUUUUGCUAAAGCUUAUAGUGCGGGAGUUCGCAAAGAAAAAUAUUGGGAAUAUGUUUUGGAAGAUUCGUUAGAAAUCAUAGCGAAAUUACCUAUAAUAGCAGCACUUAUUUAUAAGAACACUUAUAAAAAAACUCACCAGUUACCUCCAGUUGAUAAAUCGAAAGAUAUGUCAUACAAUUUUUGUAAAAUGUUAGGAUACAGUGAUGUUUUAUUCAUGGAAUGCAUGAGAAUGUAUCUUACUAUUCAUAGUGAUCAUGAAGGUGGAAAUGUUUCAGCUCACGCAUGUCAUUUAGUUGGAUCUGCAUUAAGCGAUCCUUAUUUGUCUUUAGCAGCUGGUUUGAACGGUUUGGCAGGUCCACUCCAUGGUUUAGCAAAUCAAGAAGUAUUAGUAUGGUUGGAACUUCUUCAAAAAGAACUUCCUUCCACAUACACCGAAGAAAAUAUAAAAGAAUUUGUAUGGAAAACUUUACAAUCUGGUCAAGUUAUACCCGGUUACGGCCAUGCCGUUUUAAGAAAAACCGAUCCAAGAUAUAUUUAUCAAAGGGAAUUUGCACUAAAACAUUUACCAAACGAUCGAAUGAUUAAGUUGGUUGCUGAUGUCUUCAAAGUGGUACCUCCAAUUUUGCUUCAAACUGGGAAAGUAAAGAAUCCGUGGCCAAAUGUUGAUGCCCAUUCAGGUGUUUUACUUCAGUAUUUUGGACUUAAAGAACCUACUUUUUAUACAGUUCUUUUUGCUUUAUCGAGAUCUCUUGGAGUUUUAUCACAGUUGGUUUGGGAUCGAGCUCUUAUAACUCCCAUUGAACGUCCGAAAUCGUUUAGUACCGAUUAUUUGAUUAGUACGGUUGAGGAGAGUUUACUUCAAUUAAAAGCUGAACAAGUUUUACAACCACUUAUUGACACACAAAACAAAAUUAAUCCAGAAUAAUUUUUAAAUUAAAAUAUAAUAAAUAUUUAAA